CUAUUUGGCACCAGGGAGAUCAUGAAGUUGAUUUGAUCCAAAGUUGAUCUCACUCGCAUCCUCCGGCCAGCCGUCAUUCCAUUCUCGAUAACGCUAGUCUUCGAAUCCUUACGGACGAAGCAUCUACAAGCAUCGGGCUCGCCUUGAUCAACUUUCUACGAUAGCUUUACGUGUACUAUAGUCGACAUGGAAGAGCUGAAGAAGAAGAAGGUACUCAUCGUUGGCGCCGGUGUCGCUGGGCUCAGCACGAGCUAUUAUCUAGCCAAAGCAGGCGUGAAGGUCAAAGUGCUCGAUUACCAGCCGUAUGAGAAGAGUUUCUACUCGCCUUCGAACGGGUGCGACGCUGCAAGUGCUGAUGUUAACAAGAUCUUUCGUGCAGCUUACGGUGAAGAAGUAGAAUACCAACGCCUCGCCUACCGCGCCCGCGCCAUCUGGUCCCAAUGGAACAUCGACAUAGCCUCCACCCCUCCCUCAUCCCUCCCGCCCGGCAUAUCACCAUCGACCAGACUCUUCUACCCCUCCGGCUUCCUCCGCCUCCCUCUCCAUCCGACCUCUCCACUCUCCGAAAAAGAGCUCUCCAGCUUGUCCCACAUCGCCUCCGAAUCCGCCUCCCUUCGCGCUCAGAACUACGUCCUUUCAAAUCCUGAAGACGUCCAGCGAGCGAAGAGCGAAGGAUGGGCGAAACAGUUGGAUUUGUGGACGGACCUUUGGACUGAGAAGGGUGGGGAUGGGGUGUUCGAUGCGACGGCGGGGUUUGUUAGAGCAGACAAGGCUUGUGCAUGGAUGAGGUGGCUGGCGGAGCGGGAAGGGGUCGAGUUCGUGCUCGGGGAGGAGGGGAGAGUGAAGAAGGUGAUAGAGGAAGGACAGUGUGACGAGAAGAGGGCGGUAGGCGUUGAGACGACGGAUGGAAAGGUGCAUAGCGCGGAUCUUGUCAUCGUCGCUUGCGGCGGAUGGACGCCGACUCUCCUUCCCCAAGUCAAAGACAAUCUCGAAGCUACCGGCGGAUCGGUUGUUACCCUCCAACUCCCGCCUCAAUCCGAACGUCCAGAUCUAUGGGAAAAAUACGCACCCGAGAACUUUCCAGUCGUCAGUAGGAGAAUGAACGAUGGGAGUGGGCCGUUGGGCGGAUGUUAUGGAUUCCCGAGGAUGGAGAACGGUGCAAUCAAGAUCGGAUGGAGGGGUCUGAAGUGCACUAAUUUCGCGUCACACCCUCUCGACCCCACUUCAAGCCUCCGCAUCUCAACCCCUCACACAGCCUACUCCUCACCCUCUUCGUCCACCCCUCCGCUCCCCCCCCUCACACUCCCUCACCCUGCCCUGCACCCCAUCAAAUCCUUCAUCCACACCCUACUUCCCGAUCUCGCCUCUGUGGCCAGGAUCACAGAGACGAGGAUAUGUUGGUAUUGCGAUUCGCUAGAUAAUAAUUUCUUGGUGGAUUAUGUCCCGGGGUAUGGGACGUCGUUGGCUGUUGUGAGCGGUGGGAGUGGACAUAUGUUUAAGUUCCUCCCGAUCCUCGGUCUUCACGUCCUCGAUGUCCUCACUGGUUCCGAAAACGAAUACAAGCAGCUAUGGAAGUGGAAGACUCCCGCUGCCGAUCCUGAAGGGAAAGCAAUCAAGAGUAACGGAUUGGAAGAGGGCGAGUCGGGGCCGAGGGUGUUGAGUGGGAUGGAAUGGGCGAGCAAAGAGGAGUGGGAGCUGUAGGGAAGAUGUAUAAUUACGCGAGGGAGCGAUAGAUUCAGGCAACGUAACACCGAAGGAGACGCUGGUUAGAGGUGAGGCGUAAGUCUCAUGUCGUUUCUGCAUCUCCCUUUCGCGUCGAAGAAAGAGCCAACUCCUACAAUAACGCGGACACAUGAUGGCGACAACUUUGGAAAAGAUGACGUA